AUGUUCAGAGGCGGUCUUAGAUCUUAUGUGCAGGUGAAGCAUAUGGCUACUCAUGCCUCACCAUCAGCACCAGCAGGUGCUGAUGCCACUGCUUCUCAGGAGAAGAUGUCUGGUCUCUUAGAAAAGUUGGCUUCGAUUACACAAGCUCCUGCAAAGGCAAGGGUUCCUACAGGCAAGCAGGACUACAAGAAGAAUAGACAAAAUAGAAACUCUGACGGUAGAAGAGACAAUGCUUCUUUUAAUGGUAACAAGAGAACCCCUCGCAGAAACGGCAACAACUCUCAACAGAGGGACAACAGGAACUCCCAAGAGAGGAGCGAUAGAAGAGGUGGUUACAAAUCAAAUAGCAGAACUGUCCAGACAGUCUCUCAUUUUGAUAGAAUCAAAAAUCCAAAGAAGACAGUUGCUGAGAGCUCCAAAUCCCAAGGUUCUUUUAUAAAUGAGAAGGGGUUGUCUUUUGCAGAGUUGCAGGAGCAGAGGGCCUUCUAUAUCAGAAGAAAGCUACAAAGCGAGUCGAACAUUGCUCCAACCACUCCAGAAAUCCAAAUUUUCAACUUUGAAUAUUCUCGUGCUGUUCAUAAAACCUUGAAAUAUGCACCAAGGGAGAAUCCAUUUACAAGCUUCAAGGAACCUAGAAACGAGUUCCAAUUUGAGACAGUCUCAAGGGAGGAACUGGAGCUCUCAAAGGAUAAGAUGGGCUAUGAUGCUAAAUCGAGAUUGCUAAGAGCCCUUGAAACCAUUUGUAACAGAAGAGGUUAUAAAUUAUUAGACCAUGCUAAAUCAAACGUUCAAUACUUGCCUCUCACCGCAAAUCUAUAUCCAUUUGCGAACACAACUUUGCCAAACAAUUUGAAGAGACCGCAUGCAUCCCUCAAAUCCUUGACCAACGUUGCACCCGAAGAAAUCAAAUCGACUAUUGAAAGUGUUGUUUUAGGCCAUAGAAAUGAAUUGAAAUUCGAUGAGAAACAAAACUUCAAAACGGCACAGUUAAGAGUCAAUGCGCAAGUUGUAGUGAAUGCAUUAAACAGAAAUGCUCAAUUACAAGUUGACAACUUGCACCAUUCCAUUGCAAAUGUUGCUCUUGGUAAUGGUCCUGUCAAAUCACUUCCAAAGGCUAUCUUACCACCGAAAAAAGUGUAG